AUGCAAAACAAUUUUUCUCUGUCUUCCGAAGACGAAGAAAUCGAAAACCCCAUUAAAACUGCAGUUAGCAGGGGAGCUUCGCUCGUGGAACUUGAAAAGGCUUCGAUUUCCCGAAAGCGGAAAGUAAUUGUGAACAGUGGUCAAUACAAAGCUAAUCGAGAGCAUAAGAAUCCCAACUCCAAAACGUCUGUUUGGUCUCUCGAGUGUGUUCGUGGACAGUUAAGAUGCAAUGCUUGCCAAGAGACACUCGCUCAGAAAAAGAGCACUGUUGCGAAACACGUGAAGUCAAAAAAGCACUUGAAUGGAAUCUCAAGCAUCGCUAAAAGUAAAAAA